GUGACUGAACAAUUAUCAAAAAGCAUAUUAUUAUUGUCAUAUGAUGUUGUCGUGAUUUGGAUAAUAAUUGCAGAUUCAGGGACGUUUGCGACCAUUUUUACUCGUGGUUAAUGCAGUGCUGAAACGUGGCGAUAGUAUUACCUAUAAGACUUCAAAAUAAUAUAAUGGAAAAAAUACUUUUUCUUGCUGUUAUUAUAAUUGCUUUGACAUCUUUCUCGUUUAUGCCAAUCGUGGAAUCUCAAUUACCUCCUACUGGAAAAUGUAAAAAUGGAGCUUAUCCACCAGAAUCUAGCCGUAAGGUUCCAAAAUAUGUCAUCAACUUAGAUCUACCGCCAGAGCAACGAUGGACAAAACUCGUCACAGAAAACAAACAAGGGCUGUACAACUUGCUUGCAGCUAUCAGAAACUUGACCAAUGUAAUAUUUCAUGGAAAGCUAUUUAUCUUGAUUGACAAGUACAUGCCUCUUAUAGUAAAUACCCUUCCUUACCCUUUUGGUGAAGAAAUUGCAGGAAUAGCAAAUGCUACAGGAAUUCCAAUGGGUGAGGUUGCCUUAUUUAACCUCUUUUAUGAAAUCUUCACUGUUUGCACUUCUGUGAUUGUAGAGGAUACAUCAGGAGUACUGUAUCAUGCCAGAAACCUGGACUUUGGCCUAUUUUUGGGUUGGGACUUUAUGAACCAUACAUGGUUGGUUACAGAAGCACUUCGACCAAUUGUUGUGGAGCUAGACUACCAGCGCCAAGGAAAAACUUUAUUCCGUGGAGUCAACUUUGUAGGAUAUGUCGGAAUCCUUACAGCUAUGAAGCCAAACUUGUUUUCACUCACAAUGGAUGAAAGGUUCAACCUAAAUGGUGGAUUUAUUGGAAUAAUUGAGUGGUUAUUAGGUGAUCAUUCAACUACGUGGAUGGGAUUUCUGACCCGACAAGUAAUGGAAAAUGCCACCAGCUACACAGUGGCUCAGAAAAUGCUGGCAACUACAAAGCUUCUUGCUCCUGCUUAUUUUAUUCUGGGUGGAAACAAAUCUGGAGAAGCCUGUGUGAUAACACGUGACCGAGGAUCAAAUACCGAUGCUGACAUCUGGACAAUGGCUGAUUCUGGUAAUGAAUGGUUUAUAUUGGAAACCAACUACGACCACUGGAAAAAACCACCUUUUUUUGAUGAUCGUCGAACUCCAGCAAUCAAAUGUCUAAACCAGAUGGGUCAGAAGAAUGCUUCUGUUAGUGGAUUAUUCAAUUUACUAUCAACCCAGCCAAACCUUAACAAGCUGACGACUUACACUGCACUGAUGCAAGUAAAUAUCAACAAAAUGGAGACAUACUUACAAUAUUGUUCUGAUCCUUGCUGGCCUUGGUAAUUAUUAUUUUUUAAAUAACAAGUACUGUGGAAAAACUUUCACCAGCUGGCUUGAUUUAAUAUAUAUUAAAUGUUACUUACUAGUCUAUGCAAGGUUUAUAAUUUAUUUCUGAUGU